CCUUAGCCAGUUGUGUCAGUCAACGCGCAAACCGUGGACUUCGAAAUAAUUACUCAAUUAAGCGUCUCAUAAGUCGUUAGGAUACUGUGGCCAUCUCAUGGUUGGACAUGGAUGAGGACAGCCAAUAUGAGUUGAUCACCAGGAGAGAGGUCUCGUCCAUAAUCUCAGACGAAGACGAGUACAUUGAGGAAGAUGAACGCCAGACAGAGAGUGAAGAGGACAAGGAAGAUGAGGAUGGAGAGAAGGUGGAUGGAGGGGAAGAUGAGGAAAAUGAGGAUGACAGUGAUAGUGACAGUGAUGAAGAGGAGGAUGAUGACACAUCGAUGGCUGGGCUGGAAGGGGCAGUGGGGCCAGCCUAUGCUGGUUCGGUCUAUCUGAGCCCAGAUGAAGAUGUAGAGAGUUGUCCCAUUUGCCUCAACCAUUUCCGUAAGCAGCCAGUGGCCACUCCAGAGAAUUGUGAACACUACUUCUGCCUGGACUGCAUCUUGGAAUGGUCUAAGAAUGCAAACUCCUGCCCUGUCGACCGGAUUGUCUUUAACGCCAUCAGUCUGAGGAAGUGUUAUGGUGGGAAAGUUCAGAAAAUGAUCACCGUGCAGAUGCUGCGGGAGGCGUUGGAUCCGGUCUUGGACCAAACCAAUUGCGAGGUGUGCGGUCAGUGUGACCGCGAGGACCGGAUGCUGCUGUGUGAUGAAUGUGACGCCGGAUACCACAUGGAGUGCCUGACCCCCCCACGUGAUGCAGUACCUGUGGAGGAAUGGUUCUGUCCACAGUGUGCACCCAACCACCCCCGUUCAGGGGGCUAUGGGGAGGCGGGAACCUCCCAGAUAGCCACCCCUACUACCAGUCAUGGCAGGACUCCUGCAGCUAGGCCAACCCGCGUCAUCGCGCGCACACAGCAGAGUGAGAGGGUCCGCUCCAAUGUUAACCGGCACCGCAUCAUGCAGGCGCACACCGCUCAGCACAUGCCCAGGAGCCUGCUAGAAUCCACCUGGCUAGACGAGACCAUCGAUGCAGUGGUGGCUGGCCUGAACACUGCUGUAUAUGUGCGCAAUCUGACGCCACGUGCCAGGACCAGCAGGAAACGAAAGACUGUUAAGCGACGGAAGUCCAAGAGCAGGUCAUCAUCAACUGCUGGGAGCAAAGGGAGGACCAAGGGAACAGGGGUGAAGAGACGCAGACGGCGUAAGAGGAGGACAAAAUCCCGUAGGAAACUGGUGUUGAAGGAGGAGACCACUCCGCGCUUGCGCAUCGCCAAGUACCUGGGGUUGGGAAAACCAUCCAGGACCUCCUCCAUCCCCUCGCUGACCUGCCGUCCUGAGCAGAGCCUGAACAGCAUGCGGGCUGACAUUGGGGCUGCUGCCCUGUCUGUCUUUGGAGACCCCUUCUACUUGGACCCUUUCAAUGAUGAGAACGAGCAGGUGGAACUGUCUUCGGCAGGACGGCAGGGGCAGGGCCUCUCUCGCUCCGCACUGCGUUCCCACCAACCUGUGGCCCGGCCAGUCCCCAUUGCCCUCCCCAGGAGGACUCUUGGUGUGCCUGAGCCAGAGGCGCUACCAGAGGUGGCUCCAAUCCCAGAUCUGCUGGGUAGCAUUAUGUCUGGCCAGAACAUGCUGAUGAUGAGCAGCUGUGAUGUAGUCAUAAACCGAGAUGGUACAUUGAAGGCCGUCAAACCUGUACCCUUGCCAAAGCCUACUAUUUCCAGGAUGACCAGCAGUGUUUUGGAGUUGCCAACGGAGAUCCAUGAAGGGGCAUUGCCAAGGCCUCAGUCAAGUGCCGUCCAGGCCAGUGGAGACGCUGAGUUGCCCUACAGUGUCCUGAGAAGUCCCAUGUCGUUGCCCAUCUUACCUCCAGUCACUCCCACAUCUUCCCACCAGGCCUCACCCCAACACCCUCCCACUGUGGGAAAUGCUCACCCCCAUCUGCACACCCCUGCCUCUCAGCGACCUGGUCCCUCUUUAAAUCCCCCAGGUCCAGCCCACGGCAGCUGUCCCCUAGCAAAGGCUACCACCAGAGGAAGGGAGGUGGGUUUAGGGCCAGUAAAAAAGGCCCCUCUUAAACCAGUGUGGAUGGGGGUGUCAAGCCUCCCGCGGAUGCCAAAGGUCAAAAGUAGGGUCCGGUCAGAUGAUGGCACCAGCAGCACUGGUGGGCUCCCGGAGUCUUGCAUGAACAGCCUGUCGGGCCGGCAGCAGAUGGGAGAUGAGAAGGUGUCCAGAGAUGAGCAGGGGACAGCCCAGGGUGGUGACAGGCUAAGGCAGGUUGGAGCUGGCACCUCGUCUUCAACCUCCCACUCAUCCUCCCUCUCCUUCAGCUCAUCCUCUGAUUCUGGUUCUUCCUCCAUCUCCACCGUGAGGUUCUGCAUCAAUGCCAGCAGGAACUUGUGGCACACCCGACAGCUUGCCAGAACCACAGCACUUGGCAACCCCUUGGAUUCAGAGCAGGAGGAAGAGACCUUGAAGAAGCAGCUGAAGAGUAAGGAGUUGCUGCUGUCAUCGCGUUCACGGAGUGAAGACAAAAAGGAGCGAAAGAGCGAAAUUUAUGACCCUUUUGAUCCCACGGCCUCGGAUUCCAAUGGCUCAGAAGGUGCCUCAGAGGCAGAUGCUGCUGAUAACCUGGCCAUUGGGUCUCUGGAAGAACAUUCCUCUUCAUCUGGAUUAGGCUGCCAGGAUGACAUAGAAGGCGCUAACCUCCAGAUUAAAAAGGAGAAACUGGACGAGAGUACAUUGAAGGAUUACCCCAGUUCCUGGGCCUGGAUGAAGAUCAAGAGUGAGCCAGAAGAGGAGGAGAUCUCCCAGGAUCCAGUUUCUGGUUUACUAAAUGUGUGUGUGUCUGAGGAGCCUAGCACCAAGCCCCUGACCCUAGAGGAACAGGCCACCACGAGCAGCAACUGGACGAGUCCGACCGAAGAAGGUGGUGAGAAGCACCAGUGCUCUCACUCCAGGUCUAGCACUACAUCCAGCUCCCAGAGUGGGAAGAGGAUAAAUUCUGAGAAGGAACUCCAGCCCAAAGAGCAGUGCUCAACGUUACAAACCAGGUCCAAGUCACACUCAUCGUCUGUCACAGACAGGAAACAGGAGCCCAAGGCGAGGAAGAAGUUGAAAGACGGGCGGUCAGUCUCUAGCAACCCAGAGGCAGGUGCUGCUGACAAUGGCACCCUGGCCAGCAGGUCCCUGGAAGAAUGUUCCUCUACAUCUGGAUUAGGCUGCCAGGAUGACAUGGAAGGCAUUAAUCUCCAGAUUAAAAGGGAGAAACUGGAUGACUAUGCAGUGAAGUUUUACAAAAGUUCCUGGGCCUGGAUGAAGAUCAAGAGUGAGCCAGAAGAGAUCUCCCAGGAUGCCGUUUCUGGUUUACCAAAUGUGUGUGUGUCUGAGGAGCCUAGCACAAAGCCUCUGACCCUAGAGGAGCAGGCCACCACGAGCAGCAACUGGACGAGUCCGACCAAAGGUGGUGAGAAGCACCAGUGCUCUCACUCCAGGUCUAGCUCCACUUCCAGCUCUCACAGUGGGAAGAGGAUAAAUUUUGAGAAGGAACAGCAGCCCAAAGAGCAGUGCUCAAUGUCACAAGCCAGGUCCAAGUCAAACUCAUCUUCUGUCAUAGACAGGAAACAGGAGCCCAAGGCAAGGAAGAAGUCUAAAGAUGGGUGGUCAGUCUCCAGCAGUCCAGAGGCAGAAGAGAAGAGAAGAGAAAAGAGACGUCAGCGUUCCCCCCAAAGGGAGAGAAAGAAGAGCUGGUCCCCAUCUGACAGUGAGCUGUCCAGCACCUCUGAACGGUGCAGGAGAAAGAAGAACCAGUCACAAUCUAGGUCGUGGUCAAGAGACAGGUGGAGGUCCAGCUCCAGUAGUGAUGAGUUGUCCAUAACAUGGAGAAGAAACAAAGACAGGCACGAGCACUAUAGCCACAAAGGGAAUGAGAGACGAAAGAGAUCAGAAGACGAAAGACAAGGUAGAGUUCGGUGUCAGCCAAGGUCCAAGUCCAGAUCUCGAUCAAGGUCUAGGUCCAGAACAAGGUCGAGAGAAGAAAGAAAAAAUAGGAAGUGUUCAAUGUCCACUUCCAAGUCAAAGGAUAGAAGUGGGUCCCAGUUGGCAGAGAGGAGGAGAGCGAGGUCAGGGUCACUGUCGCGUGAGAGAAGGGCUAGGUCAAGGUCAUUGUCGUGCGAGAGAAGAGGAGCGAGGCCCAGGUCACAGUCAAGAGAGAGAAGAAGAGUGAGAUCCAGGUCACAGUCAAGAGAGAGAAAUGAAGUGCGUCUGUCACAGCGCUCUCACUCCUCAGAGAAAAAUUGUGUGAAAAUGUCAAGACCCACCACGGCAGGUCCCAAAGCUCUGAUGGAACACACAGACAUUGACAAAGAAAAGAUGGUCAUUGGCAGUGAGGACAAAGAGGGGAGGAUGCCUGAAGAAAUUGAAACAGAAAAACCUGUCAUUCUUAGUGCAAUCAAAGAGAGUGGACAUGAGGACAUAACUAAAAACCCUGUUUCUCUUAGCAUGGUCACAGAAAGUGAAGCUAAAGACACUAAAACUGAAAGAGCCGAUUCUCUCAGCAUGGUUAAAGAAAGUGAACCUGAAGACAUUAAGACAGAACGGCUAAUCUUUAUGAGUAUAGGCAAAGAAAAGAGGGAACUUGGAGAGGAAGAAAAAGAACUUGAAAUUAAAAAGGUAAACCCAAUCUCUCUAAUUUUAGUCAAGGAUGGUCGUGGUAGUCCUUGCUCCCUCAGCAGUGGCAUGAAAGAGGUGGUGGCUUGCAAAGAUGAGAAAAGAGAAGAAAACAAGGACAAGAUGUCUCCAGAAACAAAAAAGGAUGAUGUGGAGAGGGGGAUCAAAACAGAGCCUGUCUUCCCAGAGCUGCUCCCAUAUACCUCCUGUGAUGUCAGGUUGCCAUCUUCUCUGCUCAUGCGUGUGAAAAAGUGCCACGAGAGGGUGACAAGUUGCAUUGCACCCCUGAGUCAUCCUUUGACCACAUGCAAUGAAGAGAUGGCAGAGAUGACAUUGCUACAAACAACAGAUGAGACUAAACGGGAUAGAAAUGAGUGCUGUAAGAAUGAAGACAACAUGGUCCACUUCCUGGACAGCCUGGGCCUCACAAGGAGUAUAAAGAUGGAACCAACAUGGGAUGAGGACAUGGCCACAACGGCUGUGGUUCCGGACGUGUCUCUGGUCACACAGGAACGUCUGCCAGCAGUCAUGCCUGAGACUAGACUUUCCUUAGUCACGGCCAGUGGCAAGUCCAAAUCUCUGGUGAAGAGGGUCACGUGGAACCUGCAGGAGAUGGAACUGCCUGCAGAGAAAACAGCAAAGAUAUCCUACUAUAAUAUGAAGCAGGGUGUUAAGGAGGGGUGCCGAAAACCAGCAAACUCCAGCCUGAGCACAGAGAACAACCAGCACUUUGCCCACCCUGCCGUGCCCCCGUCUUCCGUCAAUGCAGUUCAUGGCCUCAAGAAGGGGACCUCAAGUCUAGUACCCCCUGGUGCCCCCUCCUGGUCCGUGGCCAAGAGAGAGGAAGGCUCAUCCAGUAAAGACAAGCAGUACAUGAAGAAACUCCACAUGCAGGAGAGGGCUGUUGAGGAAGUGAAACUGGCCAUCAAGCCCUUCUAUCAGAAUAGGGACAUCACUAAAGAAGAGUACAAAGAAAUUCUGCGCAAAUCUGUGCAAAAGGUGUGCCACAGUAAAAGUGGGGAAAUCAACCCAGUGAAGGUGGCCAACAUGGUGAAGGCCUAUGUGGACAUGUACAAGUAUAACCGGAAGCACGGGAAAGGGAAGAUGGGUGGGAAGAGCCAGGACAGUGGAACCACCAACACCCUGAAGGCCGGUCCUUAGCUGUCAGUGAAGGGAGAAGUGCUUCCUCUCCCUGCUGUGCUGUACAUUACACUCUAUCACUUUAUUUCUGUAAACUAAUAGAAACCUACAGGAGACUCAAGAGCUUUGAGAAUUGACUCCGUGUUUUGUUUUUUUAAAGAAUACAGCCCGUGUUUAUUUUAUUUUUAUAUUGUAAAUGAUUAUGUUGUCUCUCUGAGUAUUUAAUUUUUCCCACAGGUGCUCGUUGUACUUCACAUAUAGAGGAACAGCAAAACGUUGUGAACCUUCAGAGACAGUAAUACCUCCUCCCUCUCACUGAUGGUCUCUCCCUCUCUCAAUCAGUAUCGUUCACUCCUGAACUCAGUCUCUCUCACUUUAUCCAUAAACUUGUAUCCUCUGAGACUGAAUUUUCCUCUUUUGAAGGUGGUGAGGAGGUGAUGGCUUAUGUAUCUGUAUAUCAGAUAUGAUAAAUUGUUGCUACUCACUUUGGAUGUAAAAACAAAUGAAGGGGCCAAUUAUGAGUGGUACAUUUCACCCAGUGUUCUCUGAACUAGUGUAAUGUGGGUUGAUUGGUUAUUACAGGGCCUUCAGGAACAUUGUCCUAACCCAGGACCAUAGCAUUGCCUAGCUGCGCCGCUAUUUUUUUAUGCAUUUUGUUUGUGCCAGAUAUACCUGCACUCCAUUGCCUGUAGCUGACCAACAUGUAUGAUUUCCUCAACAGCUGUUGGCCUUGAUGGGAGUGAUUGAGGGGGCCGGGGUUAGUAAUGCACACAAGUGUCCCUUGUGAAUGACUUUCCUGAGUUCUCAUAAUACAGGCAAACGCAUUAAACAAG